CGCUGGUCUCUGGGCAGUGUAGGGCGUCUUCUCCAUCAGCGUGGCUCCAGCCCGGCUGCCCGUCUCCCCUGCCACGACGGCCCCGCAGGUGAAGCCUAGCGCCGGCCGCCCAGAGCAGGGCUGAGCCUCCCUCCCCCAGAUGCUGUAACAAUGAAGCUGAGCUGCACUGAAGUACCUCUUUAUGGACAGAUGACUGUAUGUGCAAAGUUUGACAAAGAUAUUUACCUCCCAGAAGAUGCUGAAUGUUACUUUGUUUAUAACGGCUCCACUCAGAGACAUAUAACGUUUGCUGAGCGAAUUAAUGAUAGUGCUCUUCAGUCCAUCAUUCCAGGCCAUGGAUGCCAAGAAACUGUUUCAGUCUCUGUGGUCAUGUAUACGAAGGGAUAUUCUCCUGUGACCCUGGGCUGCUGUUCUGUCACUUACAAACAGAAUCUGUCUUGCAAGUUAUCUCAUUUUCUGGUUAGCCACUUUGACUGCGUCACUUCUACUAGUCACCAGACACUACUCAGUAAGUUUGGGCUAACUGUGGAAGAUUUCCAGUCAUUGGAUCAUGAUAUGAUGCUGGCCAUAGCUCAUGAAGAGCUGCCACCUACAUGGAACAUCCUUGGAAAUUGUUCAGAAGACGAGUCUAAUCGCAAAGAAACACUGCUUCAUCUCACAGGAAGAUUGGGCUUGGUUAAACUCUCGCGAUUCCUGUUAUCUCAGCCUGGUGGGCCAUUGGCAUUAGCUUUACCUAAUGAAGGUGGAGCAACACCAUUAGAUUUGGCUUCACAGAAUGGACACUCCAGACUUGUUGAAAUCUUCAUGAAUUUUCAGGGCAGUCACUCGUUUGACAUUUCUAGAGCUGAGAUCAGUGAGUGUGCUUUCCUACAGUUUGUUCAUUCAUCAGGAACUCUGACACUGACAUUUAAUCACACUGCAGAACAUUUGCUGGAAUCUGACAUUAAGCUCUUCAGGAAAUACUUCUGGGAUAGAACCUUUCUUUACAAGAGUCUUAAUUCAAAACAAGCUGGGACAGUGGAAGGACCACAAAUGCCCUGCGACUCAACAGAUUCUGCAAAAGAUCCCAUGAAUUUGGCAUCUGAUGAACCAGCACCUGGAAGUGAAGAUGUGAAGCCUUUCAGAGAUCCUGUGGUUCCCUUAAGUGAAAAUGAAGACCAGGUCUUGUUGGAUAUAGAGCAACAACAUUCUACACUUGAUGUCCUCAAGAAAUCCCCAAAUCCACCUACCUUCUUUGCUGCAGCCACACUUAGUGCCAUGCUUAAUGGAAGUGAUGAAGUGUAUGCAAAUUGCAUGGUUGUGGAUCAAGUUGGAGAUUUGGAUGUUAACUACAUUAACACAGACAGUGUCACCACUGAAACCAGCACAGAUCAGACCCACUCAUCCCUGACACCCAAGAGCUCAUCAUCUGCCUCACUUAAGGAAAGCAACCAAUAUAUUUAUGCAGAAAAUGAAGAUAGCCAAAUGGCAAUUAAUAACGUAGACAGCGUAGGCUCACAGCCUUUCACUUCACCUUCAAAUAUGUAUGCAGCAGGUUCAUAUCUACCACUCAAGGCUCGUGGGUUUAAUAAGGAACGAAGUCAACUGUAUGCUGACAUGAAAAAAAGAAGUUCUAGUCUUGAUGACCUUGAAGUAGACAGUGGAAGUGAAGGGAUUUCUGACAGAUCCCAUAUUCGCUACCCUUCCCUCAAUUCUUCAGUGACCUUGGCUGGCAGCAGGCAUGAAUUAGAUUCUUCUGAGACAAGCACUGAUCUGGAUUAUAGCAUUCACAAGAUGGACUCUAACAAUCUGCAAUCAAAGGAAUCGUUACUUUCUGGAAUCCGGUCACGCUCUUAUUCAUGUUCUUCACCCAAAGUUUUAUUAGGGAAAUCUCGCUUUGCACGUGACUUCACAGUGUGUGAUUCAAAUGAAGAACAACGAGCAUACAGCUUGCCAGAGCAGUUGAAGGAAAAAAGGAUUCAGGAGGAGGAAUGGGAUAAGUAUAUUAUACCUACAAAAUCUGAGUCAGAAAAAUAUAAAGUGAGUCGUACUUUCAGCUUCCUGAUGAACAGAAUGACUAGUACACGAAAUAAGUGCAAGACAAAGAAUAAGGAAGCCAAAGACAAACUGAAUAGACAUCAGUUUAUAACUGGGAGCUUCUCAGGCAGUAUCCUGUGUAUGGCAUGUGACAAAGCCCUCUUAGGGAAAGAGUCAUUGCAGUGCUCUUAUUGCAAUGCAAUUGUGCAUAAAAACUGUAAGGAUUGUGCUCCUGCAUGUACAAAGAAACUCCAAGAGAGAUAUCAUAUUAAGACCAGACCACAAGCUGUCCUAACAAAUUCAUCAUUUAGAGACGUUCCUCAGCCCAUGUUCUCCUCAAUGCAUCCGUCUUCCUCAGUGCCCAUUGGACUUUCUGCUGUAAGGAAAGAAGUCUCACAGCAAUCUCACGCUUUAUCCAAAAGUGUUCCGAGUGCCAGUUUUGAAAGAAGAUCUAUGCCCUCUUCAGACCAAGACACUGAUAGUAGCAGCUGGAUGUCCAGCUCACAAUCUGAAAAGCUGCUACAAUCUAUAGGGACCCUUCCAUCAAUGGAUUCUUUUGUAAUGGAAGAUGAUGUGGAUGCCUCCCUGUGGACUGACCUCAGCACAGAGGCACAGGAGUUUGAGGCAGAAUCUUGGAGUCUUGUUGUGGAUCCAGCAUUUUGUAGCAAGCAAGAAAAGGAUGUUAUCAAAAGGCAGGAUGUAAUUUUUGAGCUGAUGCAAACAGAAGUUCAUCACAUCCACACCCUCUUCAUUAUGUCUGAAAUAUUCAGGAAAGGAAUGAAAGAAGAAUUGCAACUAGAUCACAGCACUGUAGACAAAAUAUUUCCCUGCUUAGAUGAACUGCUAGAGAUUCACAGGCAAUUCUUCUGCGCUAUGAAGGAGAGAAGACAGGAAUCGUGUGAGGGGGGAAAUGAGAGAAAUUUUGUAAUCAACAGAAUUGGAGACAUCCUUGUGCAGCAGUUUUCAGAGGAAAAUGCCAAUAAAAUGAAGGAAAUAUAUGGAGAAUUUUGUAGUCAUCAAAAAGAAGCUGUUAAUCUCUUUAAAGAGCUGCAACAAAACAAGAAGUUCCAGAAUUUUAUUAAACUGCGAAAUAGCAAUCUUUUGGCUCGACGUCGAGGAAUCCCAGAAUGCAUUCUGCUUGUCACUCAGCGCAUCACGAAAUACCCAGUUCUGGUAGAAAGGAUACUGCAGUACUCAAAAGAAGGAACAGAAGAGCAUAAAGACUUAUGCAAAGCCCAUUGCCUGAUUAAGGACAUGAUUGCAGCAGUAGACUUGAAAGUCAAUGAAUAUGAGAAAAGGCAAAAAUUGCUGGAGAUUCUCAAUAAGAUUGAAAACAAAACUUAUACCAAAUUGAAAAAUGGCCAUGUUUUCAGGAAGCAGGACCUGAAAAAGAAAGAGAGGACACUUUUGCAUGAAGGUUUGGUGUAUUGGAAAACUGCUACUGGACGUUUCAAAGAUAGUUUAGCCCUGCUUCUAACUGAUGUGCUGCUGUUUUUACAAGAAAAAGACCAAAAAUAUAUAUUUGCAGCUGUUGACCAGAAGCCUUCAGUUAUAUCUCUUCAGAAGCUGAUAGUAAGAGAGGUAGCCAAUGAAGAAAGAGGGAUGUUUCUGAUUAGUGCUUCAUCGGCAGGGCCUGAGAUGUAUGAGAUUCAUACAAAUUCUAAAGAAGAACGCAAUAACUGGAUGAGGCAGAUUCAAGAUGCAGUCGAAAGUUGCCCGGAGGAAGAAGGAAAAAUUAGCGAAUCUGAUGAGGAUAGACGGAUAGCUGAGGCCAAAGCAGCCAAGAUUAAAAAAUGUCAAGAAUCUCUGAGUAACCAGGACCAGCAGAUCUGCAGUUAUUUGGAAGAUAAGCUGCAUAUCUACGCAGAGCUUGGAGAUAUGAGUGGAUUUGAGGAUGUCCAUGUGGAACCACAUCUCCUUAUCAAACCUGACUCUGGAGAAAUGCCACAGGCUUCCUCAUUGUUGGCGGCAGCACUCAGGGAAGCUGAAAGCCUCCAUGUUGCUGUAACAUCAUCACAAGCAAAUGACACAAACCGGUCAUCAGAGCAGAGUACUGGAGAACCAAGCUUGACACACACACUUAGUGCCAACGAAAUAUUUGAAUCUCCUACUCUUACAGAAGUAAAAAGAGAUGAAGAAUCUUGUGACUUCAGUCCGAGGAUUUGUCAUGCCGUGAAUGAAGUGGCAGGCUCUAUGAUGGGGGAUAAGGUUGAAUGCAUGAAUUUGUCACGUUCCACACCGACAGAGAUUGUACAAGCAAUCCAGAAUUUAACCCGCCUCUUGUACAGCAUACAGGCAGCCUUAACCAUUCAGGACAGUCAUGUGGAGAUCCAUAAGAUACUACUGCAAGAGCAUGAAAGGACCAAUCGGGGUCACAGUUCUUGUGGAAACUUACUGCUAGACCAGGAAAAAUACCGAAAUUUGGAAAAACAAAGGGAAGAACUGGCAAAUAUACACAAACUUCAGCAACAGUUUCAACAGGAGCAGCAGCGCUGGUCCCGUGAGUGUGACCAGCAGCAACGGGAGCAGGGGAUAAGAGAGAAUCAGCUGCAGGAGAGGGAGAGAGAUUGCCUGUGUCAGGAAGAGCUUCUUCACCGGAACCAAGGAGAACUGGAGCUUCAGCUGCAAGAGUUCCAGCAGAACCUAGAAAGGCUUAGAGAGGGCCAGAGGAUGGUGGAAAAGGAAAGAGACAACGUGAAGAUGCAACAAAAGAUAUUGUGGCACUGGAAACACAGCCGCCAGAGCAGUCUGCCUGCAGCAUUUCCAUCUUCAGGGAGCAGUGAGAUAAUAGGACAUAAUCCAUCGGAGAGCUUAUGUGCUGAAAAUUCAUUCUUCAUAAAUGAAGCUUUAGUACAGAUGUCGCUAAACAGUCUCAACCGAUCAAAUCCAUCUCUAGUGUACCAGGAUGGUGUAUAUGGGAUAAACAUCACCGGUUCAGAUAUAACCAGGACUAGUGAAAAUCAACCAGCAGUCACCAAUGAACUCUGGAAAUCUACUGCUCCCUGCCAUCAGGUAUCCUCCUCCUGCAAAAGCAACAAGGAUGCUUGUAAUAAUGAUUUAACUGCAUCCCAGAUCCGGUGUCCAAGAAUGCACAGUCUGAAUCCCAGCUGCAUCCAGGCCCAGCCACUUGCUGAUGUUCUGCUGGUGAACCCGCAGUCUCACAGCUCACAGGAUGCAGAAAACGGAGCGAGAGUUGAAGAAAAUAUUGUUUACCUCUGAUCGCGCAUUUUCUAAUUCCAGUAGCACUUUGGGAUGAAAUUGUAUUUUGCUUUUCUAACUGUACGCAGUUGCUCCCUCGAUGACCAAAAGGCUCUAAGAAUAGUAUUUAAUAUUCAGUGCAAGAUUUUCCCCAUCAUAAAUAUAACAAUUAAGUUAUUUUUUAAAGCAUUUUUUUUGUAAUCGUUAAUUUAUGACACAUGGUUUCCAAUGCUUCAAAAGGAGCAACAGAAAGAAGGACAAACUCAAAGGUAGGGAUGUUUAGAACUGUCAUGAAGAUACCACCAUAAGACUGUUGAUAGGAACGGCAAAAGAUCGGUGUUGCUUUUCUCUUGAGUUUAAAAAUGCAGGUUUCUGUGUUUAGAGAUAAGUGCCUGCUGUGUGAGCUUUCAUAGUAUGAAUCAGUAACUUUUUAACACUAGUGAUGUGAUAAGGGAAGAUGGAAGAGUGAGCCUGGCGGGCUGUCAUGUUCAUAAAAAUGUGCUCUGCUUGAAGGACUAGCUGGGUUUCUGAGUUACUAGCCUUGUAGCUUCGCAGAGCUGGGUUCACACAUUGUUCGGCUCACCUCACAAAGGAGGCUGUCUUUGGGGGUCUCAACGUAGACCUUAGCAGAGGUCUGUUCACAACAGAGAAUCAGUCCACAUUUGGGCAUGAUUUCUGUGCACAGGUGCUGCAGGUCAGUUUGGCGAUGUAUUGUGGUAUAACUGUGCCUGGUUACAGAAAGUGCCCUUACUUACAUUAGCAUUAAAAUUCACCAAAUGAAGCUUUCCCACAGGGAGGGAAAAGAAGAGAACACGUAGUGUCUUUAGUAUAACUGAAUCCCAUUGAGACUUCACUGCUUUUCCAUAAAGGAGGAAGUCACCUUUCUACUUUCACUCAGUAUGUUAGAGAAUAAUAAACCAGGACCUGUUCUUGGCUUUUGUUCUUCAAAAAUAUUUGUAUUCUUCUGUUGGAUUUAAUAAA